GGUGCGGGGCCACCAGUCAGCCACGUCGUCCUCUCUUUCCCAGCGAUCUCUCCCUCUCCUCUAUCCUCACGACAGCCGCGGCAGCCAUGGCGGCCGCGCUCCUCCGCCGCGCGCUCCACCUCCGCCGCGUCCUCCCUUCGCCCUCGUCCCCCCUCCCCGCCUCCUCCGCCCACCGCCUCCUCUCCGCCUUCGCCACCACAGCGUCCCAGCAGAACGCCGCCACCGCCGUGGACCUCUCCUCCGACGAGAGCCGCCGCCGCCUCGUCAACAGGCUGGUGUACCGGAGCAAGCAGAGGGGAUUCCUGGAGCUGGACCUGGUGCUGGGGAGCUGGGUCGAGCAGCACGUCCACGCCAUGGACGAGGCCAACAUCCGCGCACUACUGCAAGUGCUCGACAUCGAGAACCCAGAUUUGUGGAAAUGGCUUACUGGUCAGGAGCAACCACCCGAAGAUCUGAACACUAAUCAUGUGUUUGCUGCCAUCAAGUCGAAAAUCACAGAAAACCUGGCCAAGCAUGCUUCUCCAGAGACCCGAUCAACGCCAGGUCAGCCAUGGGUAAGAGGAUGGGAUGACAUUUCGAAAGGCAAAGAUGGACCAAAGUACGGAAACCAGUGAUGAGAUGCCUGAAAGAGAGAUGUCACUUUUAUGUCCUAAAUAAAAUCCAUCUCUUUUCUGCCCAUGUAUGGUGUUUGUGUAGAAUAAAUUGAACUGCGGCAGGCAUGUCUAACAUGCGUCCUCGUGUGUUGAAGUUAUCUGGAGAAUUGGUUUGUCUCUAUCGAUGUGUGGUAAUAGUGCUCUGUAUACUUUCAUAAUCUUAGUGAAGCAUGGCCCUCGUUGUUCCAGACAGUUCCAGGGUAGGGUCUUACCAUCUCGGUUUACUGCUGCAAGUGUUCUUGUAUUCUUAGCUUGUUUAUAUUGGCAAUUGACGGAGCAUCUGGAUUGAAACUUCA